AUGGUGAUCGUCGCCACGGCCUCAUUCUCACAGUUGCAGUGCUCGCCCUCCAAACGCAACUCCAUCAUGUUGCGCUCUGCUGCUUGGACCACCGCUACGAUGGUCGUUGCCGUUGCGUUCACCCUGGUCCAGGUUCUGGUGUGGCUCGUGUUUUCCCUGUGCAUGUUGCGUCUCGCGUGGAUCGAUCGCUGGCGCAUAGCCGCGGCUGCCGCCUUGUGGGUCGUGUUGGGCGGCAAGUCCUCGUGGAAGAAGCUCGUCGAAGGACUGAAGCAUCAUUGCACUCCGAUCCACAACGGCCGCCUCAACGACAGCGUGUGGCUGUUCAUGGUCGUCUUUAGUGUUGUGUGUACCUUCAAGGCCGGCGGCACGCACGCUGGCUGGCUGACGUGGUGA